AUGAAGACCUUUCAAGCCGCGCUGCUUCUUAUGGUCUCGAUUGCCUCGGCUGUUCAACCUAACAACCUUGCUACACGAAGCAUGCAUGCUCAGCAACUCUGCGGAAGUCUUGAAGUCAUGAAGAUGGACAUCAAUCAAAUUCCCGACGGCAUUUCCCUGGACAACGUCCGAAUGUUGACAAAUUGGCACCUUCUCUCCAUCUUAGGGCAAGGCGGGCUUGUUAUUAUGCUGCCCCUUAUGGCUGCACCAGGGGAUACUGCUGGAAGUCCUGUGAUGCUGACGGCAAGUGGUGUUGGACUGCCGCCCAUGGUGGAUACGGUGCUUGGGCAACGUGUAAGACUUUUGAAGACUGCGGUCAAGAUGAUGAGGCUUUUGGUUGCGGGAAGCGCUGCCAACGUUGCGGCUGCGGCUGCUGAUUGGACUCACUGUAUUGGAAGUAGGAUUAGGCCCUUUAUAGACGAUUGUUUCCAAGGAAUUUUUAAAAAAUAG